UUCAAAACUCCAACUACACGAGCAGAAAACGAAAAAUUAUUAGAAAUAUGUAAAGGAAAUCUGCAGUCAUACUGUACUGCUCUCACCACGCGUACCGUUACGCAAAAAUACGAGGGCGCCCUGACGUAACACGCUCACUGCUGGCGCUGUGACGUAAACAGUAACGUAUCAUCGCGCAUCAAACAGACCCGGGAAACGUCAGCUGCAUCACGGGAAACAUCAGCUGCAUCAGGACCGGAACCAGAACCGGAACCGGGAUCCGUCUGAAACGUGUCAGUCAUGGUUCAGGAGUUUCACGUGCUCAGGUGUUUCAGAUGUGACAAGUUCCAGGUUCAACAGGUGAAGAAGGUGAACAGGUGGAGCUGUAAAGUUUGUGGAGAGAAACAGUCGCUGUUCAAGGAGUUUGGGCGAGGCUCCGGGGCCGACUGCAGACGUCACGUUCAGAAACUCAACGCUAUGAGAGGAGCCAUGAUGGAGGAGCAGGAGCGCCACACCUGGUCCCCAUGGGAACAGGUGGAGGCAGAUGGAGAGGAGAGAGACGAGCAGGUGAGAACACUCAGCUCUGUCUGUCAGGACAGGCCGACUCAGGUGAGCCGCUGGAGCAAAUACCUGGACACACCUAGGGAGGCGGAGCCAGAGGAGGAGAAUGUUUUGAUGGACAGACAGCAGCUCCGUGGCAACAACACGGACAGGAAGAGGAAGACAACAGACACACCUGAGCAGCCAAGCUGCUCCAGUCUGAUGAGGACCAGAACCAGCAGGCUGAGACACACCUGUCCUCCCAGUCUGAGCCACACCGGUCCUCCCAGUCUGAGCCGCACCAGUCUGAGCCACACCGGUCCUCCCAGUCUGAGCCGCACCAGUCUGAGCCACACCGGUCCUCCCAGUCUGAGCCACACCAGUCCUCCCAGUAAGAAGAGAAUUAAUCCUCCCCUCUUGAGUACUGGUCCAGUCUCCAGGUGGACUCAUUUCCUCAGUUCUGACUGUAAGGAGCAGGAGGAGGUGGGGCCUUCUGCCAGCGGGCGGGGCCAGUCAGAGGGGGGAGCCACCUCUCUGCCCUGUGGUGACAUCAUCAGCAGGCCCCACCCCUCGCUUCCUGUUUCCUCCCUGUUUGAGAUCGGGGAGGAGUUCAGCUUCGAUGACGAGGAGUUUGUGACGGGACGGAGGGAAAACUCGUCCGUUUGAUUCUCAGAGCCGUUCUCGGCGUCUGAUUACACGGUCGUAUUGAUGAUUUGCUGAUGAACGAACUGAUUGGUUUAGCUGUGUGAAGUGUAGCUCGUCUGAACAGCUGCUGAUAAACUGAUCAGAGCUGAGACAACAGUUAGUUGAUUAGAUGGACAGACGAGUUUGAAACUUUUCAGAUAAUCAAUAAAGUGAUUGAUCCAG